GCGGCGUUGGUAGAAGGCAGUCACACGAUGAUGACGCUAGUGUCCGCUUGUGGGGCUCUUGCAUCCAUCCGAUCCGAAGCAUUGGGAGGGCGGGUGGUUUACUUCAGUGUCCCGAUUUCAGGAACCACAGGCGGGUUGCUGCCAGCCUGCAGUAAAAUAUUUGCAGAUGUUCGCCGGCGUUCAGCUGCUAUUGUGGAGUGGGGGAGAUGCAUGGGUAGGAUAUGGGGAGGCGAGUGAACGCACUGCCAAAGUCGAAGAGGAUCCCCGCACUCAUCUGCUCGGAGAAGGAGCACUGGCUCAACACCAGCGCCUUCUCAAGUUUGGAAUGGAUCAAGCUUGGUAGAAACGGACCGGGGAAGAGAGGAUUGGGCAGUAUCUGGACCGAGAACCAGCCGGCGCUGUAACGAACUACAUUAUUCAAAUCGCCACGAGCAACGGGCGAUCCUCCAAGUCUGCGCAAAAAGCAACGUGCCCCAGCAUUCAACUGGCGGAGC